UCGCGAGGGCGCCCGCUGACGAGAGCGAGCGAUAGCGAGCGCACGUCCGGCCGAAUGCGAGUUUCUGGCCCUCCUCUGCCUCGACCCAAAUCUUGCUUUCUGCAUAUUCUCGAUGAGAGGCAGUUCUGCGGCCUCUGCCGAACAAAGCAUCUUUGAGCCAGGCGCCACGACGAGGACAGGGCGACAGACGCAGGGAGGGAUUGCGAGGGGCGAGCAGGACUGGACGACGCGCCAUGUAUGAGCGAUUGUAGAGGAGGCGGGAGAUUGUUCGACGCGCAGAAGGAAUGCUGCACGCCAGCCGGUUGGUGCUAUGGCAGAGCACCGUUCCGCAUCAACAGCAGCAGCUGGGGCGAUUUAUGGCUGGCUGCUUCUGUUUGAAGCCGCGGGCCGUCGUUAGGAUCAGCUCGAGGCAUUCGUCUUUCGUUGCGAAUCGGGCCUCCUCGUGCAUGGUUGGAAGGGUUUGCAACAGCAGCGCUGGUCGAGUGGGCGGUGGCGGAGACAGAGAAGGGUCUCGGAGUGCAGGAAGAACAGGAGAUAGGUGUUCGGUGAAUGCUGUGAGCACGAUUGCUAGUAUUGAUGAGCAGACGAAUUUGAAUCAGAAGCCAUUGUAUGAUGAACUGCAGCGGUACGGAGUGGAUGAAGCUGACUAUGAUUUCACUGCCAACAACACCGUCUCUAUAUCGGCCGUGCCACCUAUGGAUUGCAAGGGGACGAAGGAAAUCGCUUUUAGAAAGAGGAAGGCGACAGAGCUGGAGGUGAACCAUCCCACUCUGAAGGAAGAAUCUGGUGUAAUUGAAGAUUGGUGUGCCUAUCUGUUGCUUUCCUCGGAUUCUCACAAAACUUACGUUGGAGUCACUUACGAUAUCAGGAGGAGACUGAGGCAGCACAACGGGGAGAUUGCAGGUGGAGCUAAAGCUGCUCGUACUGGAAGACCCUGGAGUCUUGUGUGUACUGUGCGUGGAUUUGGAACUCGCAGUGAAGCUUGUCAGUUUGAAUGGAGAUGGAAAGCCGCGGCAGCAAAAAUAAAGACAGUCAGCCGAUCAGAAACCGAGGUUUAUGAGUCCCCUCUAAUCAUCCGAAGGCGAGCCGCUCUAGAUGAAACACUCAACUCCAAAGACGAGUGGAAGGGACUGCAAGUUCAGUGGCACUCUUAGUCGAAGAAGUAUCAUUGCAGAUCGGAAGAAACAAGAAUAGAUCAGUUGUAUAGGGAGCCGAUGAUCACACUUCCAGGAGCCCUCCAAGUAGUCGUCCGAGGAAUGAAUGAUGGCAGACGACGAGUUGUAGAUCAUUCUCCGAUUGGAUUCUGUUGUACACAAUUGUAUCAACUUCUCAAAGCUCAGACAACCUGAGAACUGUAAAAAUUCGUACUUUGUAAAUCAGAGAAAUAUUGACUAAGAAGUGUACUGAAGCUCCAUGGUGGAACCUCAAACUCAACACUUGUAAGUUGGUCUCCACACCCGGACUGGGAAGGCAGAUGAUAGGAAGUGCACCACCAGACUUGUCGAUGUGCGAUUCGAAACUGUGCACUGCAAACCAUCCGGAAUCAGCAUCGAGGAGAUGCAGCAUCGCGUUCUGAGUCA